GCGGGGGCGCUGGGCCUGGCUUGGGGCGGAAGGCGCGCGGCGGUGACGGUUGGCGGCCCGUCCUGAGGAGAAGAAGAAGAAGAAGGAGGAGGAGGAGAAGAAGAAGAAGAGAAGAAGGAGGAGGAGGAGGAGAAGUCGUGGUCCAUGGCGGCGCUGGGCCGACCCUUCAGCGGGCUCCCCCUGGGCCGCAGCCCCGACUUGUCGCAGCCCCCUGCGGCCUGCGCCGGGCUCGGCCUGGACCUGUCGCGGCCCUCCUGCCCCAAGGCCCCGCCGCCCGCCGCCCCCCGCCCGCGGGUCUUUCUCCACAAUAGAAAGAAGCACAAGAGAGAAGAAGAGGAUGAUGGUUUGCCAGCAACUAAGAGACGACUGACAGAGUGUGCCCUCGGUCCUGUGGACCCUAAUCUCGGGGACUGGGUUCUCCAUGCACAUGAGCAAGGCGUGGGUCAAGGAGUAAGCCAGUGCAUUGGUGCCCUCCCCACCCCCAGCGUCCUGGAUGUCACCUGCGAAGAAAUGGAUCAGACAACUGGAGACCAGCAAUGUGAAGUGGCCCGCAGAAAGCUUCAGGAGAUUGAGGAGAGAUUGAUUGAUGAAGAUGAAGAAGUUGAAGCUGACAGAAGUGUGAGCAAUUUACCCACGCUCAUUAUGUCUGAUGCUCUGAAAACAGGCUUGAAAAGGGAAUUGGAUGAAGUCCUCACUAAGAAAAUAAUUGAGUCCAUGAACCGUCCUUCCAUGGAGUUGGUGCUGUGGAAACCACUUCCUGAAAUUCUCUCGGACAAGCCAAAGCGUCUCUCUGGUGUUAAGAACUUCCCACAAGAAACAAGAAAGGGCCGUGCCAAGCCAGGGGUAGCCGGAGCCAACUUCCAUCAGCGAAAUGAACUCUUCUCCGAGGCUCGGUCAGCGGAGAUACCUCUGUACAAUAGCUUGGAGCCAGCGGGGUGCACAGAAGAAGAAAUGGAACUCUAGACACCCAUUGGAAAGAAUUUUCUGAACGUUCUUGGGUUUGAUUAUGAGACUUUCCUAGCAAACUUUGUGGGCUUGAACGUCAUUCCAGUUGACAUUCUGCCCAGGGCUUGUGUGGGGCAGCUACUUCUUGGAGGCAGCAACUUUUUGAAAAGGGAGUUGUUCUUUGGAUCAGGAGGAAGCACUUUCCAUUGGGAUGAUUGGGAAUGUCUAAACACUGCCUUGGGAGAAGGAAUAAAGUCUAGAUAAUGAAUGUAUUGGUGGCUUGGGCCAUCCAUUGUACCUUCUGAGCCAUGAAAAAUUUGCGGGGGGGUGAGGGGGCGGUGCUCCUCGAUGUUAGCAUUAGUAGUUGUCAUUUCACAGGUGGAGCAGGGAUUUUGCCACUCUGGAGUGUAGCCUGACCGUCUUUUCACAGAGAGCUCAGGGGCCAGCGGUAUCACUUAACAGGAGGAAGGGACAUGACCUGUAGCCGAAUUUAGUGAUGAGGAAAGUCAGGGGUUGGGAGGCACCCUCUAUCAGUUAUCUACUAAAUGUAGUUCUUUUGACCCAAGGACAAGUCAAAGUGAGGCUCCUCUUUUUGCCUUGUAGGAGUGGAGAGAUCAAGAUUAAAACGUGGAGGAGGGUGACAUGAGAUUUGCAUUUGCGCUACUGUUCACCCCUUAUCUCGUAUGACAUGAAGUGAAUGGUAAUGCUCCAGAUGAGCCAUCUGUAAUGUUUGCAGUGUAGGACUGCUGAGGUCCUUUUGAGUUGAACCUGUGUGACUGAGCAUGGCUUGUGCCAAUUGGCUAAAAGGGAGUAUCCUUCAGGUAACUCUCAGUUCUUUCACUUUCCAGGGUUGAGGAUGGUUUUUCUAAACCAGAAGAACCUGCCCUGGGUGGCUGCCCCUAAUGUAAUUAGUGCAAGAAUUCAUUCUGCUAAUGACAUCUGACACAAAGAGUGAAUUCUGAAUUCAUUUCAGUGUACAUAAAUAGCUUCUGUACUUGGUGAUGAGCCCAUGAUUCAGUAAAGACUAUCUUCAACAGUCUUCCCAAUGAUAGGGUCAUCACCUCUGAGCUUCUUAAUCAGUCCUCACGGGUUUCCUCUGGAGACAUCAGGAAUAAGAUUUUGGGGCUAGACUGGUGUUUUUUUUUUCCUCAGGAAGAUGAGCGCUGGUUGUCUGUUGUUGAGUUGGAUGCUGAGCAAAUUAAGCGUGCUAUGUUACAACCGAAAGUCCUCCAUGAGGUGCACUGGCCUUUCUAAAAACUUACUCAGGAGACGGCUUUUCCCAUUUCUUCCUGCUCAACCAACUAGCAUUUCCCACAGGAAGAAGUGCUUCGUACUAGUAAGUAGAGUGGGUGGUGGAAAUCAGCACUUUAAACAGUUUUUAAUCUCUUGCUGAAGCCCCCUCCCUUGUUACAAAUAUAUAAAAGGGAGACCUGGUCUUUCAAAAGAAGUAGCUUCUGCUUUUGCCUGUUUUGCGCCUGCCGUCAUUAUCUUUACUUCUUUGGGUAGCCAGCAAAAAGUUGAAUAUUUGUAAUGAAAUUUGUAGACGUCUAAUUAGCAAAGCAUUCUAGUUUUGAACGAUUUUUGAAGCCACAAGAAACUAGCUCAGUCAGUCUCUUAGGUUCAGACUUGCAAGCUGGAGGUGGCCCUCUUCGCUUUCUUUUUCUAAUUUUUCUAGUUGAUGUCCUCAAAGAUAUGGCCUGGGAAGUUCCAACUCCAUGGAGUUUGAUUUUCAUGAAACCACCUUGCAAAAUAUAAAGCCUUAAAUAUUUUGGUGCAAGAAGGAUUGCUAGAAUACCUGAACAGAGGGGAGCAUUUAUCACCAGUUAGAGGUACAAUGCUGGCUCUGAGAAGGGGAUCAAACUGUACUCUCUCAGAAUUGUUUUAUUUACAAAGGUUUAGAGCCAGGGAGUGUUUUAAAAAAAAAAAAAGGUCACAGGUUUAGUAACUCCAAGUGAAACUGGCAGCGGGGUAGCAGUUUAUAGAAGAUACAUAAUUCAGAAAAGUUUUCUACUCUUUGAUAUCUUUUUUGCAAAAAAAGAAAAAAAAGGUUUUGAUGUUCCUGCCUGAUGUUUCUUUUCCGUAUGAUAAAACGAAGGUUACUGUUCAGAUGUUCCUUUUUCCUCUUCAGGUGCUUAAUUAUUCUGAGCCAUCUACUCAGUCCUUAUGCUGCCUCUACUUUUUUUUUUUUUAGCAUAAAGCUUUUGUUCCUUAGAGGUUUUUCUAUGAAUCGUUAUCUGUAUUUAUUUAGGGUUACUCCUGCAGCAUGGACCAGUAGAUGGGGGAAAAAUAAGGGGGGAUUUUGUCUGGAGCAGGUGAACUUCAAUGAGCAAAGAUUGAAUUAUUUGUAAAACUUAACAGGUGGCAGGAAUAAUAUAGUGCCAGGGAAGCCCUGAAAAGUUUCUGGGUAUUUUAUUUCCAGUUGAGAAUCUGGUCUUUUGUUAUGUCAUGGUUUUCAAUAAAACUUUUGUGGUUUUGA